AUGAAAAGUAAUGAUGUAACUAAUAGUAGCAGUAAAGAGCAAAAAAAUGAGAAAAAAGAAAAAUUUUACGUGUUAGGAAUGUUUCCAUAUCCUAGUGGUAUGUUACAUAUGGGUCAUGUGAGAGUUUAUACUAUUAGUGAUACUAUUGCAAGGUUUAAAAAAAUGCUAGGAUAUGAGGUGAUUCACCCAAUGGGAUGGGACGCAUUUGGUCUUCCAGCAGAAAAUGCUGCAAUUGAACGCGGAAUUAAUCCUGCAGAAUGGACUAUCAGUAAUAUUGAAACUAUGAAAUCUCAACUAGGAAAAAUCCUUGCUGAUUUUGAUUGGGAAAGGGAAGUAACUACUUGUAAUAAAGAUUAUUAUAAAUGGACGCAAUACCUCUUUCUUCAAAUAUAUAAAGCCAAUUUGGCUUACCAAAAAGAAGCUAUAGUGAAUUGGGAUCCAAUUGAUCAAACAGUUUUGGCAAAUGAACAGUCAUUAUUGAAUGAUCUUGAUUUGUUGAAUGAUUGGCCAGAACAUGUUAAACAAAUGCAAAGAAAUUGGAUUGGAAAAUCUGAAGGUGCAGAAUUUGAUUGUCCAGUUACGGAAAUAAUAGAAAAUAUUAGACCACUAACAGUCACAAAAGAAAUUGUAGGACAUAAAAAAGAAGCCAAAGAAAAAUCAGACUUUGAACAAAUUUUCAGAGAAACCACCCAAGAAAGGGAAAAUAAGAAAAGAAGAAGAGAGCAAAAUAGAACUUCACAAAAGAAUUAUAAAGAACAACAAAGUAAAUACAUUGAAAGAAUGGAAAAGAUAAUUGAAAAAUACAAAGAAAGGUUCAAAGAAAUUGAAGAAAAAAUUGAAAGUCUAGUAAAAGGAGAACCAGUAGAAACAGGUAGCACUCGAGAAAAAGAGACUCAAACUGAAGAAAAAAUAUACACUCAAAAAGAAGUUGAUACAAUAAUAUGGAGAACAAGGCAAUUUACCAAAAUAUACGAAAAAGAGAUACAAAAAAUAGAGAUACAAAGAGAACAAGACAAAAAAGAUGAAAAGGAACUGGCAAUAAUACUGGAUAUUCUGAAUAAUGAUAUUGUCAGUUAA